AGCCCGCAGGUCCCCCUUGCCCAAGAUGGCGGUGGUUUGGGCAGCCCGCUCCCGCCCCGCCGAGCUGCCCUGUGGGACCCGUGCGCUGGAAAAUGUCUGGUGCCUAAAAUACAAGGAGUUCCCGUUGUAGUCCAGGAGGGUGGUAGUAAUAAGAUGUUUCCGUUGAGGUGGAUUUAUAAAAAUCUCUAAAUCGUAUGCAUGUGACGUGAAAGGAGUACAGGCUGGAAAAGUGGUCAGUAGUUGAACGAGUCUUCCAAGAAAAUUGGGUGAACAACUGAAGUAUUCAAGUCUCCAUCCCUCAUCUGUGAGCCCGCUCAUAAGAGGGAACUUGGAUCACUUCUGUCCAUCUUCCUGAGCUGUUCUGUUUUCCCAGCUGUACCUUUCUUUUCUUUGUCCAGAACAGUCGUGCUCCUACUGAACAUGUGCUGUUCUGCCUGGCUUUCUUCUGCAGUAUGACCGAGUUUUUAACAUGAGAGUACUCAAGGAAUGCUGCAACUUCGUUGAGAUACACAGUAAAUUCACGGUUUUUACUAGUUCUGUGUAAAUUUAUGACAAUGAACUAGCUAACAUAAGUUGUAUGUCUCCUUACUCGUGUUUCGUAAGAGUUCUGAAAAAAAAACUUUUUAAAAUAUCUUGUAAAAUAUAGAGUAAUAAUACUCUAUUAUUUUGAGGGUUUUUUGGGAUAUUCCUCUAAACAAACAAUUUGAAACUAAAUCGCAUUUGGGUAGGUAGAAAUCAUGAGAGUUGGAGAUCAAAAUCUUGCUUGUUUUAUGGAAUUAUGUUUUUAACUGCAAGUUAUCUACCCUUUUAUGAUUGUGAAAAAUGGGCAAAAAGAAUUAAACAGUGAAGUAAGUGGCUGACAACUUCCCACAUGAGACUUUAUGUGAAAUACCAGAUGGUGGAGGAAAGCAGGAGCUGCUGGUUGUCUCAGACCCAUCAUUACAGAUGAGAUGCAGUCACUGCAGCAGCAGCAUCCACUCCCUUCCACCUCACCUUCCCCUGUAGGCUGGUCUCUGCCUCCUUGAAGACCCUGACAGGUUUCUGUUGCAAAAAGUGGAAUAUGUAAAAUUUUCUUAAGAAAGGAUGUUCUUUGAUGUUUGAUCUUUGUAAACUUUCAAGCCUGAUCAACGACAAUGGAGAUUUAAUCCGUGAAACAGAGAGAAGCCAACAAGCUCUAAGUGAUGUCCAGGCAUUAGAAAAACACAUUACCUGUUGGUAGAACUGCCUUGUUAAGGUUUAGGACUGGACACACUUCAAUGAUUUCAGACCUAGGGGGAGGUUAACAAAGUCUGGGGAGAAGAAUGCCCACUUACAGUGGACACAAAGAAUGGAGAAUUUACAGGCCACAGGGACAUUGGGAGGAACCCCCAAGGCACAGAGUUUUGCUAAACCUCUUUAUGUUUGAGAUCCUGGGCAACUGCUACACCUAUCUAUGCCAUCAGAUUACAAGCAUAUGUGUCUCUUUAGAAAGGCUAGCAAAGAAUAUUUCACCUUGCAGGGGAAGAAGUACCAGGUCUUUUGCCAUGGAAGCUGAGGAAACGAUGGAAUGUAUCCAGGAAUUCCCUGAACACUAUAAAGUUAUUUUGGAUAGACUGAAUGAACAACGUGAGCAGGACCAGUUUACAGAUAUCACCCUGAUUGUUGAUGGUCACCAUUUCAAAGCUCAUAAGGCUGUUCUUGCUGCCUGCAGCCAGUUCUUCCACAAAUUCUUCCAAGAUUUCACUCAAGAGCCUUUGGUGGAGAUUGAAGGUGUAAGUAACAUGGCAUUUCGUCACCUAAUUGAGUUCACCUACACAGCAAAACUAAUGGUCCAAGGUGAGGAAGAAGCAAAUGAUGUUUGGAAAGCAGCUGAGUAUCUACAGAUGCUAGAAGCAAUCAAAGCACUUGAAAUUAGGAACAAAGAAAAUUCAUCACUCUUAGAAUCAAAUGAAGCACAAGGUAAAAAUAAACCAAAAAAGAGGAAGAUUGCUGAAACCUCUAAUGUUAUCACAGAAACACUGCCAUCUGCAGAAUCAGAGCCUGUUGAAAUUGAGGUUGAGAUUGGAGAAGGGACGAUGAAAGUGGAAGACGACAGCAUUGAAACACUUGAAGAAGUAGCUUCUGCAGAGCAAUCCAUAAAGUACAUACAGACAACAGGUACAUCAGAUGAAUCUGCUUUGGCUCUUUUGGCAGAUAUCACCAGCAAGUAUCGUCAGGGAGAGAGAAAAUGCCAGAUCCAAGAAGAAGGUGAUAAUGCAACUGAUCCCUCGUGCAAACAGGUAGAAGGUAUUGAAAUUGUGGAACUUCAGCUGUCACACAUGAACAAUUUAUUCCACUGUGAGAAAUGUAACCGUUCAUUUAAAUUGUUUUACCAUUUUAAGGAACACAUGAAAACACACUCUACUGAGAAUUACAAGUGUGACAUAUGCAAUAAAAGAUACCUACGAGAGAGUGCUUUGAAACAGCACCUCACCUGUUACCACCUUGAUGAAGGUGGUGUCAGCAAGAAGCAAAGACCUGGCAAGAAAAUACAUGUAUGCCAGUACUGUGAUAAGCAGUUUGACCACUUUGGACAUUUUAAAGAGCACCUGCGGAAGCACACAGGUGAAAAACCAUUUGAAUGUCCAAACUGCCACGAACGUUUUGCUAGGAAUAGCACACUCAAAUGUCACCUGACAGCCUGUCAGUCUGGAGCUGGAGCCAAAAAGGGAAGAAAGAAGCUCUACGAAUGUCAGGUUUGUAACAGCGUUUUUAACAGCUGGGAUCAGUUCAAAGAUCACUUGGUAAUACACACUGGUGACAAACCCAACCACUGUACCUUGUGUGAUUUGUGGUUUAUGCAAGGCAGUGAGCUGAGAAGGCAUCUCAAAGACAUGCACAAUAUUUCAGAACUACUGGUGACAGAAGAGGUUCUUCCAGUGGAAGCUAUGGAAGCUGAACCAGUAACAUCAAUGACAAUAAUAGAGCAAGUUGAGCAAGUCCAUGUCCUACCAGUAAUUCAGGUACAGGUGGAUCCUGCACAGGUAACUGUGGAACAGAUGCACCAGGAUCUCAUACAGGACAAUCAGGUGAAAGGCACACAGAUGGAGGAACUGCAGGAACAGGUGCAAAUUAGUUACUUGGAAGUUGAACACAUUCAGACUGAACAAGGUGCUGAAGUUCAUGUGGAGCAGUUACAUGUUGAGCAUGUAAAUCAAAUACAGAUGGAAGAGGUACAGGCAGAACUUAUAGAUGGAACACACCUUGAACAAGUAGAAUAUCAAAGUGUUGAUCAAGGAGAAGCAGAAGAAAAGGAACCUAAUCAAAUAGAUGAUGCGGAUAAGGAACAUCAUGAACAAGCUGAAGACUUAAAAACACAACAAUUAGUGGACAUGCAGAAUGAAAACAUGGAUGACUAAGACAAAUAAUGACACUGCAGGUUUAGGAAUGAAAUACCAAAUUAUUUUUGUUAACUUUUACAUUGGUUUUUGAACUGUCAGUGGUCACCUUUCCAAUACGCUGUCCAUAGGAAGCUGGACCAGUGGACCAAAAUUAGCUUUAUUCAUGUACAAUUAAACUUCUCUCAUAUGUGAAAAAUAACUUUCCCAUUCAUGUAAUGCCAUGGAACAGAAGCUACCGCAGACAUGGACACCUUUGUGAGGUUUUUAGCAAUUAAUAGCUUGUAUCAUUGUUACACCAUUCCUGGGUAUAUGUAAGAGUAAUUUCACCUCUUUUCCUCUUGCAGUAGAAGCAAACUCUUGUAUAGUAUUGCAGGGUGUCUGUGGCAGAAGAAUCACUAAAAUCUGAGGGUUUCUAUUGUAAGUGGCAAUUACAUACCUGUGAAUUUUCAGAUCUUUCAGGCUGGGCUAAAAUUAGCAUUGUUGCUGGAGGUGUCUGAGCACAGAAAUCCCGUGCCUUUUCAGCACUGACUAGUUAAACUUCCCAAAAGUUUCUAGAGUUUUUGAGAAUUUAGUUCUGUAAAAGGCAAUGUAGGUAAUGUUAUAGUGCUUUAUAUUUUUGCUUAAAAUUGUCAGCUACUGGUUUUGUUUUUGCAUUAAAUUUAGAGGUGGGGGGCUGAGGGAGGGAACAGAUUCCACAUGGAGGCAGCAGGACACUCUAAAAGGGACACUUAAAAAUAGAAAAAACUUGGUAGAGUCUGUGGCAAAGACAAAUCGGAUAAAAGCUACUAGCAGACUCUUCUUUUAUAAGUAAUCAUUUUUGAAAAUGAAUAUGUUUAAACAUAUAGAGAUUUUUCUAUAUGGUAUCAGGUUCUUGGUUUUUUUGAAUAGAAAUUCUGACACUUGACACAAAGAUAUGCUAAACAUAAAAGUAAAAGCCAUAGGUAUGAGUGGUAAACUGUGGAUUGAAAAAUAGAAAUGUAAAUAGUUUAAUCAAUAUUAGACAAUAAAACAAUACCAACCAUUAAA